CACAUGACCUAAUGUGUCACCUGACCCACGCAGAGCUAGUCAUGUGACUCAGUCCAUCCGACUGCUCGCCAGAUGAACGUCUCUCUGACUGACGGCUGACAUUCAUCCAGUCGUCAACAUGAGGCUGUGGAUGGGAACACUGCUGCUCCUCUUUCUCUGGGCCUGUCUGGACUCGGCGCACUCGCGGAGCUGCUCGUCGCCUUUUUUCUGCCCGAAGUCUCACCGUGUGAGCGGCCUGAAUGGAGUCGACCCCGGGUCUCCUCUCUUCCUCACUCCGUACGUGGAGAAGGGCGCCAUAGAUGAAGCCAGGAAACUGAGUCUGGUAGGAGAUCUGCCGGGGGGCAACGUCAAGAGUUAUGCUGGCUACCUCACUGUCAACAAGAAAUACAACAGCAACCUCUUCUUCUGGUUCUUCCCUGCACUGAUGGCAAACCCAGAUCAAGCUCCGGUCCUGCUCUGGCUGCAAGGAGGGCCCGGUGGCUCCUCCAUGUUCGGUCUGUUUGUGGAACACGGACCAUAUGUGGUGUUCAAGAACUUGACUGUUGGUUUUAGGGACUACGCUUGGACAUUGAGAUAUUCAGUUUUGUACAUUGACAAUCCGGUUGGGACCGGUUUCAGCUUCACGAAUGACGACAAAGGUUUUGCUCAAAACCAGGAUGACGUUGGCCGAGAUCUGUACAGUGCUUUAACACAGUUCUUCCAGAUAUUUCCUGAGUAUCAGUCCAACGAGUUCUAUGCUACUGGAGAGUCGUAUGCAGGAAAGUAUGUUCCUGCCAUCUCGUACUACAUCCAUAAAAACAACCCCACUGCCAAAGUGAAAAUAAACUUUAUGGGGAUGGCUAUCGGGGACGGGCUCUGUGAUCCAGAACUGAUGCUGGGUGGUUAUGGUGAGUUCAUGUACCAAACGGGCAUGAUAGACGAACACCAGAGACAGUAUGUCAACCAGCAGACAGACCUGGGGGUUAAAUACAUCCAUCAGCAGAAGUGGGUGGAGGCUUUUCAGGUUUUUGAUAGUUUGCUGAAUGGGGACGUGGAUCCGUAUCCCUCCUUCUUCCAAAACGCUACCGGCUGCACUAACUAUUACAACUACAUGACCUGUCGGGAGCCUGAGGACCAGGAGUACUUCUCCCAGUUUGUGACUCUGCCAGCGGUGCGUCGUGCCAUCCAUGUGGGGAACCUGACGUUCAACGACGGCUCGGAGGUGGAGAAGCACCUUCUGCAGGAUGUCAUGAAGAGCAUCAAGCCGUGGCUGGGGGUGUUGAUGGACAACUAUAGGGUCUUAAUCUACAGCGGUCAGCUGGAUGUAAUUGUAGCAGCACCACUGACCGAGAGGUUCCUGCCUACUGUCAACUGGAGCGGGGCGGCCGAGUUCAAAACAGCACCGCGAUUCCACUGGAAGGUUCAGCCCAGCGACACAGAGGUGGCUGGUUACGUGAGACAAGUGGGAGAGUUUUACCAGAUCAUCAUCCGAGGAGGAGGACACAUUCUGCCUUACGACCAGCCGGCGAGGUCCUUUGACAUGAUUGACAGAUUCCUUUCAACACGCGGCUGGUCAUGAAUGUUUUGGUCCUGAAACCGCUGAUUAAAGCACCUCCACUUUUAAAGAGCAUAUUUUUAAUUAUUGAGUGUUGAUUUUAAAUAUUUUUAAUUUUCCCAGCCAAUGUAAACAAGCACAUUGUUGAAUUUUAACACAUUUCUUUUUAGUAGGUGACAUUUGAGGUGGGACUCUGGACUGCUCCCUGAUGCAAAUUAAAUAAGUUGUGUUAACGUGCAGCCAGGUCUCCCACGUCUUCACACAGUAAUUCAGUCUGAUGAUCAAGUCAGAGUUGUAUCAAAACCAUUUCAUGUUUUGAACUGUAUGAGGGAAAUAUGCAUUCAAUCAGAACAUGCGUGAUGAUGAAAUAUUAAGAAUUAGCCUUGAAACUACAAUUAACCUGUAAAAACCUGUUUUUUUUUACUAAAUCCGAGUGCCUUAAUGAUCGGCGAGCUUUGCUGUGUUUUUGUGAUUGACAUCUGUUGCAGAUGCAGCAUUGUUGGAUGGGAUUUGUCCCUUCAAGUUCUGUUUGGUUAGUCUACAAAAUGUCCACCAGGGGCCACUGUGCUUAAAGGCAUUUUAUUAGAAAGCCAGAAAUGAAAGAAUGUAAUCUCACUAAACUUCUGUGGGCAUUCAAUGUCAUUGAAAUUUGUUUCUGAUUAUCUUAACUAAAAAAAAUACUAAAUGAAACUGUGAAGAAUAAGUGCCCCUUUGCAUGUUGCGACAAACGGUUGUUAAUUUCAUUCUGUUUGGCUAUUGUAGUGGUUUUAAAAUGUAUUUGAUUUUGUAGUGGUUUUAAAAUUUAUUUGAUUUGUUGUAGUGGUUUUUAAAAUGUAUUUGAUUUGUUGCAGUGUUUAAGUUGGUUAUUUGUUUACAAAGAUGUGUGUUGUGUGCUGUCAUUUCAUCAGGCAACUAUCAAGAUGUCUAGACAGUUCAAUAAUUAAUGAGUAUUCUAAACCUUUAAAGCAUCUCACUAUUUAAUGAGCAGGUCCGUCUCAAGGACAAGCAUCGGGGAAAACUUGAUCGUUUGAUGUCGAUGUUGGUUUCAUAGCAUUCUGCCAAUGUUAUUCUCAAACAUUCA